GAGGGGCCGGGCGGGUCCAGUCGGAAUCCGCUGUUCGUCCGCCAUGCGAGCUCUGCUGCGGCUGCUGAGCGCGGGCUCCGGGGGGCGCGUGGGGGCCGCCGGCCGCCCGGCGCGGGAAACGAGCGCUGGAAGCGGGCCGCGCCGCGCCAUGGCCGGGUACGGCACGGAGGAGCGCGGCCAGCGGGGCUCGCAGGACUACCGCCUGUUCUUCAAGAAUGUUGCUGGUCACUACGUUUCCCCCUUUCAUGAUAUUCCUCUGAAGCUGGACUCUAAAGAGGAAAAUGGCAUUCCUACAAAGAAAGCACGAAAUGAUGAUCAUAAGAAUUUGUUUAAUAUGGUUGUGGAGAUACCUCGGUGGACAAAUGCUAAAAUGGAGAUUGCCACUGAGGAGCCGCUGAAUCCCAUUAAACAAGAUUUAAAGAAUGGAAAGCUACGUUACACGCCAAAUAUCUUCCCUCACAAGGGUUAUAUAUGGAAUUAUGGGGCCCUCCCUCAGACUUGGGAAGAUCCUCAUCAAAGAGAUAAGAAUACAGACUGCUGUGGAGAUAACGAUCCCAUUGAUGUUUGUGAAAUAGGCUCAAAGGUUCUUUCUCGUGGAGAAGUGAUUCACGUGAAGAUCCUUGGAAUUUUGGCUCUUAUUGACGAGGGUGAAACAGAUUGGAAAAUAAUUGCUAUUAAUGUGAAUGAUCCUGAGGCAGAAAAGUUUCAUGAUAUUGAUGACGUUAAGAGGUUCAAACCAGGUUACCUGGAAGCUACUCUUAAUUGGUUGAGACUUUAUAAAGUACCAGAAGGAAAACCAGAAAACAAGUUUGGUUUUGAUGGAGAAUUCAAAAACAAGGCUUUUGCUCUUGAAGUUAUUAACUCUGCACAUGAAUAUUGGAAAGCAAUGCUUAUGAAGAAAUGUGAGAAAGGAGCUAUAAAUUGCACAAACGUGCAGGUGUGUGAUAGCCCUUUCCACUGCACUCCAGAGGAAGCAAGAUCAUUUGUCGAAUCGGUUCCACUGUCUUUGAUGAGUAAAGAAAGUAGUGAAGAAGAGCAAGUGUGGCACUUCCUUCACCAGUGACCAGGACACCAGAAUCUGCAUCAAGAUGUGCACCUGUGAGGGACCCCGAGGCUGCUUCUCUCUGUAGUGCUGGAGAGGCAGGUCUGUGAGCAUUUACUGACUUCCUGUCAACAUCAUUGUUUCAAAACUUUUAAAAUAAGCAAUAUGUAAAUAAACAGACAUUCUGAAUUUCU